AGUGUUUUCCUUCUAGCCUCAAACAGAAAAAUAAGGUCUAAAUCCUUAAUAGGGAAAAGACACAUUUGUCCAGGGUUACAAAAAUGCUCCUAAGAACUGGCUUCCUCAUAUUCCUUGUCUCGGCUUUAUCUGCCUUUGAAACAGAGCAGUAUGCACCUGCAAUAAGAAAAACUCGUUUCUCAGUCAGCAGUCCAUCGGAAGUGGUCCGCUGUGUGAACAGUGCUCCACAAGUGGGUUGUAGCACAUUUUCCUGCCUCGAAAAUUCUACCUGUGACACUGAUGGUAUGCAUGACAUUUGUACCAUCUUUCUCCAUGCAGCAGCAGUUUUUAAUACCGAGGGGAAGACCUUUUUCAAGGAGAGCAUCAAGUGCAUUACCAAUGGCAUCACCUCCAAGGUUUUUCAGACCAUCCGCCGCUGUGGCACCUUCCAGAAAAUGAUUACUGAAGUGCAAGAGGAGUGCUACAAAAAACUGGACAUCUGUGCAGUAGCCCGCUCAAACUCUGAUGCCAUUGGAGAAGUGGUGCAGGUGCCCCGACAUUUUCCAAACAGGUACUACAGCACACUGCUGCAAAGCCUAAUGGACUGUGAUGAGGAGACAGUGGAAGUGGUCCGCUCUGGGCUUGUAGCUAGGCUAGACCCUGACAUGCUCACCCUCUUUCAGCUGCUGCAAAAGAAGCCCUGUCCCCAAGACCUUGGUCAUGGUACCACUGGUAUGGAUGGCCUUGAGGGCUUCCGCUGGCCCAUGGGAGCACCCAUGUUCAAGAUCCAACCCGAUUUGCACAGCAGGGAACCAAAUCACCUCUUUGCCAAGAAACGUUCAGUUGAAGAUAAGAUACCAAACACCAAGAUGCUAAACACAUUAAAGAAAUGAUUUAGGAGAAACCUUUUUUUUUUUUAUCAGCCAUGACACAUGGUAUCCAGAGUAUCACUUCCUUUAGUGUUGCCCUACAGCAACAAUAGUAAAGUACUUGAAGUUAUAGAAGACUCAGACUAUGAAUUAGCAUCUUGCAAAUGGCACUUCCUUCAAAUAAAUGAAUGUCAAAUGAA